CACUGAAAACAAAUAUGAAGUUCACCUUGUGUUCGUCAUCUUCUGAGCUUAGAUCUCCUUUUCUUGAGGGGUUGCCCAGAUGUAUAAAGAAUAUGCUACCGCCUGAUACGUCACUGAAGUUUGAUAAUUUUGUUAAGAAGGAUAAUGCUCAAGCAUCUAAUCAUGAUACUAGGAAGCUGGUGAUGUCUAGCAAUUUGAUGCCUUGGUCCAUAAAGGAGUCUCGUGAGGGAAAGAAACAGCUGGAAGAACAUGGUCGGAAGUUGGAAUAUGUGAGGACAUUACUGAUUGACAACUAUGAUAGCUACACAUACAAUAUAUACCAGGAGCUGUCUGUCAUUAAUGGCUUACCUCCCAUUGUGGUGCGAAAUGAUGAGUUGACAUGGAAAGAUGUUUGUCAUUACUUGUAUGAAGAAAAUGCAUUUGAUAACAUUGUUAUAUCACCUGGACCUGGUUCUCCUACAUGCCCAGCAGACAUAGGAAUAUGUCUUCAGGUGCUGCUUGACUGCUGGAAUGUCCCUAUCUUGGGUGUUUGCCUUGGACAUCAGGCUUUAGGCUAUGUUCAUGGUGCUAAAGUUGUCCAUGCAUCUGAACCAGUCCAUGGACGCUUGAGUGAAAUUGAGCACAAUGGAUGUGUACUUUUCAAUGACACUCCCUCUGGCUACAACUCUGGAUUUAAGGUGGUUCGGUACCAUUCAUUGGUCCUAGAUGCUAAAUCACUCCCAGAUAAACUCAUUCCUAUAGCAUGGACUUCUUCUGUGAAUGCACUUUCUUAUAUUGAGACCAAAGAGUCUGAUGUUGCCUCUAAAUAUGUUGCUGAUGGGUCUUUUUCAAUGCAACCAAAAGAUGGAAGGUAUUCACCUUCCAGCCAUUCGGGAAAAGUACAGAGUGAAAGGGUUAUCAUGGGCAUUAUGCAUUCUUCGAGGCCUCAUUAUGGUGUACAGUUCCAUCCAGAGAGUGUUGCUACUUGCCAUGGAAGGCAAGUAUUCAAGAACUUUAGAAAAAUAACUGAGGAUUAUUGGCUGAGAUCGAGGGCAUCCUUCGUCAACAUGCGGAAUUUUCCUUUUACUGCACGCAUGCCUCAUGCUGGCCAACUAUCGACAGACAUUCCUAAACAUAGGCAACUACAAAAUAAUGUGGAAGGUCACUUAUAUAAAGAUGCAGAUAACAUAAGUUGCUCUGGUAUGGUUGAUAUGGUAAACCUUUUGCAUUCAAGUAUCACUGUUAAAGAUUUGAGGUUGAAAUGGAAGAAAUUCAAGCACUUGGCCGGUCAAGUUGGCGGAGCAAAAAAUAUAUUUUGUGAACUGUUUGGACAAGAUAAAGCUGAAAACACAUUUUGGUUGGACAGUUCAUCAAUAGAGAAGAGAAGAGCACGAUUUUCAUUCAUGGGAGGAAAAGGUAAAAGGUUGAUGUCAUUGUGUGAUAAAAGUGAUACGACUUUAAAGGGAAGAGGUCUUUUAUCUGUUCAGGAUGCUCAAGGCUCUAUUAAACAUUCUUUUUUGGAAGAAGGUUUUUUUGAUUUUUUGAAAAAGGAGCUCCUUUCAUUUUGUUAUGACAAAAAGGAAUAUGAAAAACUCCCGUUUGAUUUUCAUGGUGGAUAUAUUGGUUACCUCGGGUAUAACCUAAAAGUUGAAUGUGGUGUGGAUUCUAAUCGCCACAGAUCCCAGACUCCAGAUGCUUGUUUUUUCUUUGCUGAUAACCUUGUAGUUGUUGAUCACCGAAAUGUUGAUGUUUACAUACUGUCUGUAGAUGAAGUAUGCAGACCUUUGACACCAUGGUUGGAUGAUACAGAACAGAAGCUUCUCAACUUAAAAGCUUCAGUUACAGGGGACACAAAGAAGCCAACUUUAUCGAUUCUAAGAUCUUCGCCGUGUCAAGGAAGUUUUAAUGGUGAUAAAUCAAGAGAAGCAUAUAUAGAAGAUGUUGACAAGUGCCUGGAAUACAUCAAAUAUGGUGAAAGUUAUGAAUUAUGUCUGACAACUCAGAUGCGAAAAAGAAUUGGGGACAUAGACUCGUUGGGACUUUACCUCCAUCUAAGAGAAAAGAAUCCAGCGCCAUAUGCCGCCUGGCUUAAUUUUUCAGAUGAAGACCUAUCUAUUUGCUGUUCUUCCCCUGAGCGUUUCUUACAAUUGGAUAGAAAUGGUGUACUCGAAGCAAAUCCCAUUAAGGGUACAGUAGCUCGUGGUCCAACGCCAGAGGAAGACGAACAACGCAAACUACAUCUGCAGUAUAGUGAGAAGGAUCAAGCUGAAAAUCUGAUGAUAGUUGAUCUUCUAAGGAAUGACCUUGGUCGUGUGUGUAAGCCUGGCUCAGUUCAUGUGCCACGUCUUAUGGAGGUUGAAUCAUAUGCUACGGUUCAUACUAUGGUCAGCAUAAUCCGUGGGCAAAAGCGGUCUGAUGUGGCUGCAAUUGAUUGUGUGAGAGCAGCAUUUCCUGGUAGUUCAAUGACGGGUGCACCUAAAUUGAGAUCUAUGGAACUUCUUGAUUCAAUCGAAAGUAGUUCUCGAGGUAUCUACUCGGGCUCCAUUGGAUUUUUCUCAUAUAACCAGACAUUUGAUCUAAAUAUAGUUAUUAGAACUGUUGUUAUACACGAGGGUGAAGCUUCAACAGGAGCUGGGGGAGCGAUUGUUGCCUUAUCAAAUCCUGAAGACGAGUACGGGGAAAUGGUUUUGAAAACUCGAGCUCCAACAAAAGCUGUACUAGAAUUUUUAUAGGGAUAUCAGUACAUUUUUGGCUUUUACACUUUCCCUCGUGGUCAGUGUUACAUU